GAACACUCUGCCGACCGUCAAUGCAUAAAAUGCCAAUGUGGAUAUCGUGACACCUCCUGCAAAUUCGGUCCACUAUGCGACUGCAACAAUGGCAUUUUCUAUCCUAACAACAACAAGAAAAACUGUGCUCAGAACCUGACACAGUGCGGAAUUUUUCUUGACGGGUCAUAUAUCUCUGAAAAGUGCCUAACUUGCAAAUGCGCUGAAGGCCAUAGUUUCUGUAAAUAUGAGAACACUGAUUGUAACUGUAUGCGAGGUACUGUCUACAGACAUGAAAAUCACAAUGAAUGCGCACAUCAGCCAGAAGAAUGCAUCAAGAUGCCCCAUAAAAGGAAUGCUACAAAUGAACAAGCCAAAUGCGCAACCUGCACUUGCCCCAGAAAUGCAGCAGCAUGUGAUAUCAAUGAAUGCUUAUGCUCUGCUGGAAGACUUUUUCUAAAGAAAGAGCAUCGCUGUGCCUUUACUGAACAAGAAUGUGUCUUGCCUGCAAAGGACGGUAUCCCGACGCCAGAGAAAGAACAUCACUGUGCGCCGUGCGAGUGCGACGACAACCAACGAGAGUGCCCCAUUCUCGGCACCAUGUGCGACUGCGUUAAUUUGCGCCUCAUAUCUCGGGAAACGGGAAAAUGCGUCAUCGACAAAGACGACUGCGGUGCACUGAUCAAUCCUCCCCGUAUCCCGACGCCAGACAAAGAAGAUCACUGCGCUCCGUGCCAGUGCUCUGACAACCAACCAAUGUGCGCUAUGGUCGGCAGCAUAUGCGACUGUGUUAAUGGGCGCCUCAAGUUCAGGCAGACGGAAAAAUGUGCCGUCAACAAAGACGACUGCGGUGCACUGCUCGUUGCUCCACGUAUCCCGACGGCAGACAAAGAACAUCACUGCGCGCCAUGCGUGUGCGACGACAACCAACAAGAGUGCCCCAUUGUAGGCACCAUGUGUGACUGCAUUAAUUUGCGCCUCAUAUCUAGGGACACGGGAAAAUGCGCCAUCGACAAAGACGACUGCGGUGCACCGUUGAUACCUCCCCGGUAAGAACCUUCUUCUUUGGCCAAUGUCUUAG